AUGUACUUGAAGAUUCAAGUCCUCAUAACUGCUUCUUCUAAUACAGCCGUUGAUAACCUGACAGCGGCAGUGGUCAAGUUGCUCAAACAGAGCACCUACAUUGCUAGGGAUUGUGGUCAAAUCAUUCGCUUUCGAACGGAAAAGGCCCAGAUUGCCGCAUUCCGAGCGCAGAGUGCGACGAGAAACUACCUUCUUCGACGAGACAGCUCUUUUUUCAACCCCGACACGCUGCAACACGAGGCGCAUGUUCUUGUUCGGAACUACAUGAGAAGCCACCCGAGCCAGGAAUCGUGUCGAGACUUGUCUGCACUUGACGCUCUUGACACGGACAGAGGCUUGGAUUCCCGUGAAUAUGGCUUGUUCCAGAAGGCAUAUCAAGAAGUCUUGACUCUCGUGUUGCAGGAGUCUCGUGUCGUUGCCUCGACCCUGAGCAACUCGGGUAACUUGGUGCUGAGAAGUGUGCAAGGAUUCCAACCAGCGCUCAUACUCAGUGAUGAAGCUGGCCAGUCGUUAGAAGGAGAGGCGAUGAUUGGCUUGACAACCCCAUCCCUGCGCGCGGUCGUUCUCAUUGGAGACCCUUUCCAGCUGCCUCCAACGGUCCUCUCCGAGCACGCGAAGAACGAAUGGGCUCACUUUCUCAAGCGAUCGCUCCUCGAGCGUCUGAGAGAUGCGCGCUACCCAGCAACCCAACUGAGGUUGAACUACCGGAACCACCCGGACAUCCUUCGCUUCUUCAACGACAGAGUGUACCACGGCACUCUGAUUCCCCACCAGGCCAAUACAAACCCUCGAAAAGUCGGUCCUAGUGGUGUCGUCUUCGACGAAUGGAUGCAUCAGAUCAGUCGUCGUUUUGGAGGGCAUUACGAUGACCUGGUUGGUCAACGGCGAAUCUGGGUGGACGUCGAAGGCCUCGCGACGAAAGAGAGCAUGGGAACUUCGUGGGAGAAUCUUGCCCAAGUACAGGCUGUGCGACGAAUCCUGGCCGGCCUUUUCAAGGUCGCAAAUGGACGAAUUGGGCUGGAAGAUAUGAUGAUCAUCACCCCGUACCGAGCGCAAUUGAAGCGGUGUCGUGACGAGCUGAAACUACAGGGCCUCGCACCACACGACAUCUUCACCGUCGAUGCAGCUCAGGGACGGGAAGCAAACAUCGUGGUCAUCUUAUUGACCAAGCCCAGCGCGGAAGGCCGAGGGGCAAUUCAAUUUGUGGCCGACAAGGCCCGAUUGAAUGUUGCCCUCAGUCGAGCCCGCCAGGUCUGUCUUGUGGUUGGAGACCUUCAGGCGUUCACACACGUCUUCCACAACUCCGGUGGCGGCGGUGGCAAUCCGACCAAGUUCCUUGAACAACUCUUCGAGGACGUUACUGGUCGAAACCACGUGCUGCCCCUGGAUGCCGUGGAAGAUGUGGAAGUCGUCUCCCAGUAG